CUUCAACUCCUGAAGCUUCAGAAGAGGCUUAUGGUCAUACAUUGCAAAGAUUAGAUGCGCUGGGCCUCAGCGUCACAUCCACCCCGGAGACAUGCACUCAAAGUCCAGAUCGCGUGCCCAGUGAUAACGGGGCUUCGACUACAGCACAUGUCGCGCAUCACGAGCUCGAGGAUGGAGAGCAGGAGGAUGCAGCCCUCUCAGUAUUCGGAGAGUCACAGGCUCCUCGUACGUCUAGCAAGAAGCCGGUCCGCACCCUAUCCGAAUUCGCCGUAUUUGAUCGGGUAACCCGCAAAUACAUUGACUUCAUAGAACUGGAUCAAUACCUCCGCUCUGGGUCGGGAGGCGGGACUGCUGUCGCUUCCGGUCUUGUUGCAGCCUGGAUACUGCCAGAUAACUUGGAUGUCGAUGCAGAAGAUGAUUUGACUGUGCCCGAUACACGUGUCAGCCUGUCCCCUAUUCUCAGUGUCAACUACCUUGAUGUGCCCCUUGAAGACUGGGAUGGCUCUGCAAGAGGGCACAUGGACAAACACGUAUAUAUCGAGACGAAAUACGCAUGGUACAUUCUGGAUGUGCCUCUGGAGCCCUAUCAUCCUUUUUAUCUCCCCUUUCUGACAGCACAUCACUGCAGCCAUCUUAUAUUCCUGGCUGCUUGUGUUAACACC